ACGGGCCAUCCCACCAAAACAAACACGUGGGUCACUCGCUGCUUGCGCUAGUCAGGCUGCCACGCAGGGAGUGUUUGGGGAGUGUUAUACAAAUAUGGAAGAGCUGGCGGCUACGGAUUUUAACGUGUAUGUUGGCACGGAGACUGGGAUAUUGAAAGGUAUCAACCUUAACCAGAAGGCAGUAAUACAUAAGAAUUUCCAUAAGAUCCAAGCCUUAGAUCGUGAGCAGGAGAUCACCUCAGUGGCGUGGGGAAAUGAAGAAGAGAAUGAGAUUUUAAUGGGCCUACGCAAUCAGACUGUUAGAGUAUUUGACACAGAGGCUAAGGCUUUUGUUUCCACAAGAAAAAUAAAUGUUGGUGAAGGGCCUAUCGUAUCACUAGGAAGGAUGGAUGGCAUCACAAUCACAGCCAUGAAGUCUGGGCAGGUGACUCUCUGGCAAAGUGAUAAUGCUGUGGAAAUAAAUGCCUUAGCCAAAGGGGAAUUUCUGACAAGGAUGAGACAGGAUCCAACAUCUCCCAGUGUGAUUGCUACUGGAGGGAAAGAGUCAGACCUUCAUCUGUGGGACUUCAAUACACCUGAAGAAGCUAUAUUCACAGCUAAGAAUGUCAAGCCUGACAUGCUGGAGUUGCGUGUUCCAGUGUGGAUAACAGAUAUUUCAUUUCUUGGAGAUCACCACAGUAUAGCCAUUUCCUCAAGACACAAACAUAUUCGUCUAUAUGAUCCCAAGAGGCAAAGGAGACCAACUAUCAGCUUUGAAUGGGAAGACUCUCCUCUCACACGUAUCAGUGCAGUGCCUUCCAGUAAUGGGCAAGUUGUUGUUGGAACAGCUCAUGGCCGUUUAGGACUCUUUGAUUUGAGAGGACGCAAGCCUGAGGAACCUGUACAUGUCUAUAAAGGCUUUGCUGGGGCUGUGCGAGAUGUUGUGGUCCACCCUAAGCAGCCCCUAGUGUUCUCCGUUUCCUUAGAUCGCUUUUUGAGGGUUCAUAACCUAACUUCAAGGAAGUUGGUGUUUAAGGAAUACCUGAAGUCUAGAUUGAAUUGUCUCUUAAUUCGUGAAAACUUGGAAGAAAUGGACUUCAUCAAAGGAGCCAAUACUGCAAAAAGAAAAAUGCCAACCCAAGAAGCCAAGACAGAGGCAAAGAUCAAAGUACCUAGAGCAAAUCCUGAAGUCACAGAUGCUGAAUGGGAAUCUUUAACAGUUUAAGAUAUAUUAUGUGAAAAUAAAUCAGUUAAUAAA